GACAAUGUGCAAGAGAUUGUAUUUUCAAAAACCUAUCCUGUAGAACGUGUAUUAUUUCAAUCAUUAUUUUCAAUGCAUGUUUUAAUGUGAAAUUUUUGUGCUGUCUAAAUCAUUUGAACGCUUCGCUCGUCUCAAUAAUUUCAUCAAGAUGUCUACUGGCUAUAAUUUUAAACAGUUAGCGCUUGUUAACUUCGGAGAUCAAAAUAUCACCCGAUCAAAAAUAUUCAAUCAAUCGCCGAAUUCUUCAAGUGAUCCAAUUAUUUUCGAAGCAAUUCGAUCCUUGCUCAAUCACAAUUACUUAAAUGAGAAAGUGACGAAGCCCAGAGAUGCUGAAAGUGAUUCAUCUGUGGAAUUGACGUAUGAAUGGAAAGGACGUGAGUUUAAGCUCAAGCGAGUAUUCGGAAAAGACGGUCGAAUCAUUUUGAAUGGAAAAGUCACAAAACGAAUACCUGAUGGCUUUUUAGGUCUACAUAAGCCAGAGUAUGAUACACCAUCAAACAUAACCGAUCAAAUGAUGUCGGAGUUCUUUCGUCGACGAUUGCAUAUCGAAAUCAAUUUAAAUGCACUGGUUCAAGAUCUUCGGAUGUCUGCUGACAACAAUCCUAUGACGAUUACGUUGGAAAGAAGAAGUGACAUUCAAAAUGCGAUAGUACACGACUUGGAUUUGCACGGAAAAAUUGAAAAACUUGAAUGGAAGUGGAUUUUGUCGAGACAGAAUCGAGCAGCUCCUGAUGCAUACUACCAAGAGGUCAAGAACAUCAUUCCAGCAACUCCAAUGGAUGAAUUCCAUUUCCGCGAUACUCUCGUCAAUUUUUUCUUGACUUCGUUGCAGUUCAAUAUCGCGGCCAAUCAACGCGAUUUAUAUGGCUGCUGUGUAUUCGAAGAAAUUGAUUGUGAAUAUGAGGUUUAUGCCGACGAAACUCUUGUUCCACACGGUUGGGAACGUAUCUUGAGAGCGAUUGCAAUGUCCAAAAAAUUAGAGCGACACGAUGCAGAGCAGCUGGAUUUUUACCAGGCUAACAUCAACAUUGUUUCAAAAUACAAAGAAGAUUUCCCGACGGCUGACGCAUGGGAGGCAGAAAAGGGGAACAUGAUCAUAAUUGAGGAGACACAGUUUCAUGACGAGCUAACGCAUAAAGAACGUAUUCUAACAGCUGCUGCUGAGGAAGUUCGUCAAAACUUAAGUGACACUGAAAUGACAAUCAGAAACCUUUACCAAGAUAUGAGAUUAUAUGAUCCAACCACCAUAAAGACGACACUAUUUUUGGAACUUAAGUCGUACAUUUUCGAAAAUGUCAUGUUGUCGUUGAACGAUUUCUCCGAAGUUCUAUGUGAAGUUUUGAACAAUCCGAUGCUUGAAAUCGCAAAUAUUUCGAAAGGGAUCGCUGGCUCGGUUCAUUCCAUUGCCAAUAAUGCUGAAGCUCCAUUAAAGCCAAAAUUCAUCUUCGACCAUGUUUCCAGUCUCAACAGUAGACGCAGUGAGCAUUUAUUUAAUCAUUUGGAGUCCUAUUUAGCGCCGUUGUCGAAUGUUCAAUUUUCUAACACAGCGGACCAGGCUAUCGAUUUUAUGGAGUCAAUUGAAGAACCGAACGAUGAGAGUUGUAAAACAACGUUCACUUUCGCUGCAUACGAAAAUAUCGCACCUGGAGAAGCACCAGCCGGGAUUGGACCAGAACGACCACGACUGUUGACGAAUAUUCAAAGAGAAUUCGGAUACAACGAUACGCUGACGAAUUUACUGUCAAAUUGUCGAAUAACCUGCGACAAGAAAUUAACUGAGAAAAAUUCGAAUCUGUUAAAUUUGGCCACGAAACGAAUGGCUCUAGCUGACAACGGAAAAGCAUUCGUAACCGAAUCAAAAUAUCUGUUUCGACUGCUACGUCAAAUCAAAAACAGUUACGGAAAUAUUGGCUCCUAUUUACUCGAUGCAAAGCGCUUUGGCGAUAAAUUCAUUCGCGAUGCACAUGAUUUGCAGAGAGUGUUGAACAUGUACUAUAAUGCUGAAUCAUCGUUGUGCUCGGAGCUGAUGAACCGUCUGCGGCUAAACUUCGAAGAGCAUAAUAUUGCUAAUCAGGAACAGGCUAUCAAAGGCCUGACACAUAGAAGCGCAAGUCGAAUGACAAUCCAUGGUCAAUUGCUUUCAUUGCAGCAUACAGCUGGCUGCGACGAUUCUCAAUUCGUUGAAACACUGUCCCAACGGCAUUUAGACACAUUGGAAAUUGAGUUAUUCGAGAUGAAUCUGUCCGCAACGUUCGCCAUUCCGAACCCAGAUGAAAUACUGUGCGACUUCAUUCGUUUUUUACGUAACCGACAGCUUGAUAUCAAACGUGGUUUAAUUAAUGUUCAUGAGAUGUGGCACCAAUCAUACAUGCAGUUGUUCGUCGAACCCAAUGACGCUCUGUCGAAACGACUUUCAACGAUAUCCAGUAUAGACUUUACACUCUGUAGUUGUUAUUUUAGACGGUUCGCACUGCGUCAAAAAAUACCCGCCCGGUAUCGUAAAAACAACAACUUAUCUUUUCAAAAUAUUUUUGGUCAGAUCGAUCGUCACGUGUCGCAGCUGUACUAUCCAAAGGGUUCAUCAGCUGGAUUGAAGAGAUGUCAACAAAUUCUCGCAUCAUACGAAAAAAAUCGAUCAAUUACGUCGAAUAUGAAUAACAUGACUGGAACUCUUUUGUCGCGCUAUGAUUAUACUAUCAGCGAAACAUUAGCGGACCUUUGCGCUAGAGUCACGACCGCUGUUGCAUCCGUAAUGAAUAAUGCAGAUUAUGAAGUUCAUUGUGGGCGAAUAAAUGUUCCAUAUGACAGUAUCAGUUCUACGGCACUUAUACGCCGAAUACACUUGUACGGUAGAAAUGGUGACAUUCAUGUCCCAGAUAUAGACGACAUCAUUUCAAUAUUCAUUUAUGUCUAUUUUGUCCAACAAUUUACCGAAUCUCCAAUCAUACUUGACGAAAUAAUGGAGGUCUGCGAUGAAAAGACACUGAAAGCUGUUUUAACAUUCAUAGCGGGUAAUGUGACCGAUCGCUUUGCUUUGGUUCGUGAUCCGAAUCCGAACAUAGACGAGAACCGAGUCGAUUCAGACCCGAGCGUACACAGCACAGAAGCUAUGAACAUAGAUGAGGCUGUUGUCGAUCCAGGUGGCGAACGAGGACAAGGAGUUGAAAGUGGCGAAGGUAUGGAUGUAGAUGAUUAUCGCCGAAGUGAUGGUGAUCAAAAUGAGGGACCCGAUCAAAAUCCACAAGAUGAACGAGAUAGCCAAAAUGCGGCCGAUUAAUCCAAUCAUUAAGCUCUUCGUAUACUGUGUAUACGAGGCGAAGUCAUGUUUGGAGAAAUGAAUGCAAUAGAAUGAAGAAGGAAAAGGAAACUCUAAUCAUUGAGAAUUUACACGUUCAGGAUGUAUAAUUUCAAUGAUAAUUUUACUGUGACAGUACAAAAUGACUUUCCCGUUUUAGUAAUUUAAGUUGUACAUUUUAAAUGAAUUUUAAACUAAAAUUUGGAUUCCAUAUCAAAAUAAAAAAAUAAUUUGUGACUGAACCGAAACUAUGUUUUUAU